CCAUAGCAGCGGAGGAGCGGAGGCAGGAAGCCCUUUUCUAUAUGAAAUGCAAAAAUGUCUGGGUCUGGAAGAUUGCCAGGUUUGUCAUGCACAUUUUGCAUGACUCCUGAUGUCUGUGAUGCAUGCCUUAGCAUCACAGAUUUUGUGAGGGCUUCCUGAUGCCUAUACCGCAUGACAAGUGCUCUUUACGUGUAGCAAAACUUGGACUCUCAUUGCUGCUCAUGCAAUACAGAUUUUUUUAGGAUCCAAAAUCAGCAUGACAAGUUGGAUUUCUCCAGACACAGACAUUUUUACAGUUGAUAUUCUACGCUUUUGUUGUAAUCGGUGCUGUUCUGUUUCUCGCGGGAAUAUUCGUGGCCGUGCUGCUUCUCCGGGCUGUUUUGAAGAAGAGAAGGAAAAGACAGGAGAGCGCUUCCAAGUCAAGAAUUUUCGAUGUGAAGAGGCGGCGCUUCGUGAAUAAAGGACC